AUGGAACUUUGUAACUUGCGCGAGCUAGCUUCAUGGAAUCACCACCUAGCUCCCACCUUUCCGCAAAUAUGCAGUAAAUGCUCUGCUCUGUGUGUCUCGCACACCAGGUACGCAACCUUGGAAAUCUGGGACAACAGUUCGCGGCCACGGCUGUCGGGGGACACGCUGCUGUGGGCUGCUUGCACCGUGUGCGUUCAGCUCGAGCGCCGCCCGACGCACAUCGUCACUCCUCUGAGCGCCCACCCGCCCGUCGGCGGAGGUGACGGCAGCCAGGCCCGAACGGAGAAAGCCGCGCUGAUUGGACGCCGCACAGAUGUGGGCGGGUGUAGGGGAGCCUGCGGCGCGCGGUUGGUAGAACGCGGCCGGCAGCCGUUGGCGCGCGGGUCGAAAAUGGCUGGGGCGGCUGGGAGCUCGGCAGCAGGGGUGGGGGAGAGGGGCGGCUCGUCGGCUUUGCUAACCGAGGUGGAGGUCGUGGCUGCGGACUGGAUGCUGGAGUUCACCUGCUACUGCCUGUGCCAGCACUUCGGAGAGGGGUGCUCGGCGGAGUUCCGGCGGUGGAGGGACGUGGCGCAGGCUCUUAUUAAUGGCCUCUCUGAAAUACCCACACAUCAGAAAAAAACUGUGUAUCUCUGUCAGCUUUUAAUAAGAAUCGCAAAAGGAAAAAACCUUGAAUGCCAUUUUGAAAGCGAUCACAGAAUUUCACCUUUGGAAUCUGCCCUGUCUUUCUGGACUUCAAUUGAAAGGGAAGAAAUUAAAGUGGAAAAGCUGCAUGAAGAUAUUCGUCGCUUGAUUCAAAUUCAGAUUGUAGCCGUUUACAUGGAAAAUGGAUAUUUCAAGGAGGCUACAGAAGUUCUUGAAAGGCUAUUUACAGACUCUGGAUCAGAUAAGCCUUUAAGGGUGAAGCUGACAACUGUAAUUAAAAGCAAGGAUCCAUAUGUUCCACUUCUCCAAAGUUUCAGUUACAGUCUUUUGAUAAGUAAAAUCAAGUCUUAUAUUGAACUUUUCAUGAAAGAAAAUGAAACUAACUUCUUAAUUCAGGCAGCCACAAAACAGGUAAAGUCUAAAGAACUGAGAGCAACAGCAUUGCAAAAUGAAACUGGGGAUGUCAAUGAAGAUGACAGAAGGAAUUCAGAAACAAAACAAAGAUCAAUGAAAGAGCAACAAAGUGUUACAAAUCGGUCACCUGAAGACAAGAAAAAACCCACCAUAAGGCCUCAUUCAGGACAGAAACCAAGACUGAGAAGAGUUCUUCAGAGUCUAAACAGCUUGCAAAACAUGGAAAAAUAUGGAAGUGCUUUGUCUUGUGGCCGAAGAAGACAGCGAUGGACUUACAAAGAAGACUUGGAAUUGAAAUCAGGAGUAAGGGAGUUUGGAGUGGGUAACUGGGCUAAAAUUUUGGUCCAUGGUGACUUCAACAACCGGACCAGUGUCAUGUUAAAAGACCGGUGGAGGACACUGUGCAAGAUGGAACAAGGCUAAUUCAAUGACAGGAAUCCACUCUUCUUGACCUUUCCCUACACAAGGACCUAGUCUGGCUUUUCAGAAUAACUUCUUGUAGUCUCAGUUUCCAGCAGUGUUGCUGUCCCAAAAACGGUGUGAAACACUCACGUAAGCUCACUUGCUUGGGUAAGGGUGACUUAAAUGUAAAGCCUGCCCUUCUUACAUGCAAUAGGUGAUGUGAUUUCUGAAAUGCCAAAUUGCCUGUGGUGACUUAAAAAAGGUCACGUGUACAUAGGGGUAUUUAAUGACUGGCAACAUGCUUAGCUUGAGAGAGGCUAACAGAGUCAAGCCUUAUCUGUAUUUAAAGGGUUGUAUCUCUAGUCAGUUUGAGUUUUUUUCGGUUUGCUUCCUGCCAUAUAACCCAUUCUCAUCUGAUGUGCUUCACUUGGAAAUGUUGGUCACUUGUCAUCUCUGUCAGUAGGUCAUACCAAAAAAUAUGUAUGUGUUGGUAGUGCUAAUUUUACAAACUGAUUCCUUUUUUGCAGUUAAAAACAUGAUACUCCGUGUAAUUUGGUAUUUCUAAGUAGUUUAGGUGCUGCUUUUUUAAAAACAAGAAUUAAGUUUAAGUUCUAGG